AUGUCGGGCCUUACCAUCUUCGCAGACGACCGAGAUCUCAACUCUAUCACGUACACGGGCUCCUGGUCUGGGGUCCAGGUCACAGGUGCAUUCUCUGGUACUGUCACCGAAGGUCCCGAAGGUGCUGCAGCAUCCUUCACAUUCAACGGCAUUUCGGUUGCCGUCUAUGCCUUGACCAACAGCGAUCUCACUCUCCAGACUCCUGUGGUUAAGUUCAACAUCGAUGGGGUCCAAGUCGACGGAGAAUACCCGUCCCUCAGAAAUCAAUCGCUGUUUUUCUAUCAGGAUAACCUGCUGCCCGCGUCUCAUACUUUGACCUUGACCGUCAUUUCCGCGGAUCCCCUCUUCCCCUUGUAUCUCGACGCAUUUGGCUACACCCCUUCCCCCGGCGUCUCCGCUACCAACGGCCAGACCGCCGCCACGUCCCUCGCGCCUGUCACCGUCACUUUCACUCCCACUUCCUCCAGCACUUCGCCUCCCAGUAGCAGCUCGGCCGCCGCACCCGUCGGUGCCAUUGUCGGCGGUGUCGUCGGCGGCCUCGCCUUCAUCGGCUUGAUCAUCGCCGCCGUCUGGUUCACAUGCUUCCGCCACCGGACAAACAGGCCAUACUUCUACGCCUCCUCCGCCAAGGCCGCGGAUCUGCUGCACGAAGAAGAAGCCAAGCCCACCCCGUUCCCUCACUCCGCCCCGACCACCGUCUACGCGCCCAGCGCCCCUCCCUCCCAAGGCCCCCAGUCUACAUACGCCCCCUCGAGCGUCGGCUACGGCCAGCAAACGCAGUACCCCGCCGCGAUGCCCAGCGCCUACUCCGCACCCUCGCACUACGCCCCCUCCGAGGGCCCGAUGAGCGAGUACAGCUCCGGGUCGUCCGCGCUCGGCGGCUCGCAGCUCGGGCUCGCCUCAGGGUCGCGCCCGCAGCAGCCGCGCGCGAGCCCGAACCAGCCGGGGAGGAGCAAGGCGGCCGAGGCCGGGAUGCUGAGCGUGCCCGAGGAGGUGAUGUACAACGCGGACUCGGGCGUGCGCUUCGACGCGAACGGGCAGCCAGUGCCCGUCGCCGGCUCCUCAUCGUCGGGCGCGGGUGCCGGUCCCGCGGCGCCGUUGACGGACGUGCCGCCGUCGUACAGCGCGACGUGA